AUGGGAAGCAGAAGGUUGGUGGAGGGUCCAUCCACUUCUUCAAAAGAACGACCUCAUGUCUGCACAGUUUGUUCUUUUCGCUUUCAACGCAGCUCCGACUUGCAUAGGCACAUGUUCCUGCAUACGGGAGUUCGUCCAUACAGCUGCAAGUUCUGCAACCGUCGGUUCAUUCUACCCCGUCGUUUGCUAGCCCAUGCGACUCGUUUGCAUGGCGCCGAGGGGGCGGCAUGGGCCACCGCCUUCCUCUCCGGCCGUCCGCGCUCUCGUCGUUUCCUCUCCACCACCUCCACCACUGCCGAUUCGCUCACCUGCCACUUAUGCGGUGCCAUCUGCGGCAGUACUAGCAGUCUCCACUCACACAUGCGUAUUCACACCGGUACCAAAACCUACGCCUGUCCGCACUGUUCCCUAUCCUUUCGCACUCCCAUCCAGCGCAAGCGCCACCUCUGUGUGUGUCAGAAACGCCCCACGGAACCACGCACCAACCUUGACGCCACACCGGCGGAGCCGUCGUCUUUCGACUUCACUCCCUACCUUAUCAAUUUACCACAGUCUAGUGGAUUUAAGGACCUUCUCACUGAUGAUAUUCAACCUGCUCCUGCCCCUCCCCGAACUUCCACCUUAUCCCAGAAGUAUAUCAAACUAGACGACAAAGCGGGUACUUCCUCGAGCUACAUCAGUCUCUGGCAGUGUAAAAACUGUCAGGAGAGCUUCACAACUAGCAAAGCUUUCUCAAUUCACAAAUGUCCCGCACAGACAGUGUUUCCACGCACUUUGCACCAAUUGGAAAGAGAGAACACUUCUGAGGGUUCUAGCGAAACUCGUCGUGGUCCCUACGUCUGCUCCACCUGCACUAAGGUGUUCACCCGACCUACAGAUUUGAGGCGCCACGAACGAGUGCAUUCGAACGAGCGACCCUUUGUAUGCGAGGUAUGUGAUGCACGGUUUUCGCAGAGUGGUAGUCUGCGUAUCCACCGACGCAUACACGAGGAGUCGGGACGGCGCUUCAAGUGCCGAGUCUGUGGAGUCGCCUUCUUUGUGCGCAGCAACAUGCUUCGUCACAUGGCGCGGGUACAUGGGCACUCGACAAGAGGUGGUGAUACAGCGACACCCCCUUAG